AUGCCGGAUCAUUUCGCUCUGUAUAUUGGCACGGCAUUUGCCGCUGGUGUCUGCCUAGCGCUACUAUAUAAAGAGACCCUAGACUCACGGCGUGACGAGAAACCAACAGAAACAAGCACGACAUCAGAUGAGCUGCUUCCUCGAUCAGGGCCCCCAGCCAUUGUCAAUGGCAUUGAGGGAUGCAUAGGAAAUACACCACUAUUUCGUAUCAAAUCCUUAUCGGAUGAAACAGGAUGUGAGAUCCUAGCCAAGGCAGAGUUUCUCAAUGGCGCCGGUCAGAGCUCCAAGGACCGUGUGGCACUUAGUAUGAUUGAGAUGGCCGAAGAAAUGGACAUAUUGAAGCCGUAUUCAGGCGACACUAUCUACGAAGGGACAUCAGGCUCGACCGGUAUCUCACUUGCAACUCUUGCACGAGCAAAAGGAUACCUCGCACAUAUCUGCAUGCCAUCAGACCAAGCAAUUGAGAAAUCCAAUCUACUCCUCAAGCUAGGCGCAAUAGUAGACCGUGUGCCUCCGGCACCAAUCGUCGAAAAGAACAACUUUGUGAACCGCGCGCGAUCACUCGCAAAGGCACACACCGAAUCAGCAGACCCCACCACGGACGAGGGAGAGCUUGCAGAGGAUGCGAAACAAGGCCGCGGCUUUUUUGCAGAUCAAUUCGAGAAUGGAGCUAAUUGGCGCGCUCAUUAUCGCGGCAGCGGACCGGAAAUUUACGCCCAGUGUAACGGGAAGUUAGAUGCGUUCGUCGCAGGCGCAGGAACUGGUGGGACUAUCUCUGGCGUUGCGCGGUUCUUGAAGCCUCUGCUUCCUAAUAUGACUGUUGUACUUGCUGACCCGCAAGGAAGCGGAUUGUAUAACCGUGUCCGUUAUGGUGUGAUGUUUGAUCCGAAAGAGCGGGAGGGGACUCGCCGACGACGUCAGGUUGAUACUAUAGUCGAAGGCAUUGGAAUUAACCGUGUGACGGCGAAUUUCGAGGCUGGAAAGGAACUUGUCGAUGAUGCAGUGCGUGUGACAGACGCGCAGGCUUUGGCGAUGGCUAGAUGGCUUGUAGAGAAGGAUGGUAUAUUCAUUGGUAGUAGCAGCGCAGUCAACUGCUUUGCGGCGGUUAAGACGGCUCAGAAGCUCGGCCCUGGUCAUAGAAUCGUGACUGUGCUAGGUGAUUCUGGAGCGCGACAUCUGUCACGAUUCUGGGCCAAAGCUGGUGAUGUUGGUGGCGCAGUUGAUACAAAGCUUACGGAUAUCUUGAAUGCGAAGGAUGAAGAUUUCCAGUAG